AUGUUGAAAGUGAUUGCGUCGGAAUCCAACAACAUGUAUUUUCGACCUAGGAAAAUUCACGGAUUUUUUGCCAAUAAUAUGUAUCAACCGAAAGAAUCUUAUACCAGAGCUAAAACAAAACCAAUAGAUUCAAGAGGGCAUCGAAAAGCUUUCAAUUGGAAGUUUCCAUGGAACACGAGAUUUACCAUGUUGGUGUUAUUUUUGUUUUGUAUUGUUUUAUUUUUGGAUAUUGCGAAUGCACAACAUUGUUUUGGUCACAAAUCCAUAUUAACAUCUUUGAGCGGCGCCAUCAAAGACGGCGAUGGAUUCUACAGCAACAAAGUUAGCUGCGAAUGGCUUAUUAGAGCACCAUUCAAGAACCAGACAAUAACCAUAAAAACUAAAAGUAUUAAUUUAGAGUGUCAGUAUGACUAUUUGUAUAUAUUUGAUGGUGGAUCAUACAAGGCACCACUUCUUGCUAGCAUUUCUGGAUAUGACAUUCUACCUGAAAUCAUUUCUACUGCAAGUGAGGUCUUGGUUGUACUUCAGACUGAUUAUGCGGAAAGGAAGGAUGGCUUUGAGUUAUCAUAUGAGGUUGCAAAUUGUCCUGGAAAAUGUUCGGGAAAUGGUAUUUGUGACAAAGGCAAGUGUGUUUGUAGCUCAGGUUACAGUGGAGCUGACUGCAAAGACAAAUGGUGUCCUUCAAGUUGCAAUGAAGCAGCAGCCAGAGGCAAAUGUGAUAGUGGACUUGAGAAAUGCAGCUGCAAUCAUGGGUUUACUGGAGAGGGUUGCUCUCUUCCAUCCCAAGUAAAUGCAGAUCUAAAUAGUUGGCAUCUGCUUGCAUCAAGAUCAUCAAGAUUCAAUCCACGAUCUGAUCAUGUAAUGGGAUACCUUAACGGUUCAGACACUAUUGCAAUAUUUGGAGGUCGUUCCCUAAAUGAGGUUUUCAACGAUGUCCUUCUUUACAACAUCUCAUCAAAUUCGUGGCUCAAUUUUACAUCGGCAUCAGGGCCAGUGGAGAGAUUCCUUCACGCGGGAGAUGUUUACAAGAAUAAACUCGUUAUUUUUGGCGGAGAAAUGGCAAAUGGUUCGUUGCUGAAUGAUUUAUGGGUGUUUGACCCCGUCUCGAAGUUUUGGAGUCAACCAGCUGGACAUGAAAUUAACAAACCAAACAAGGUCGCAGGACAUACCGCAAAUAUUGUUGGUGACAAGCUUUAUAUAUUUGGUGGCCGUACUGAGCAUGGUGCCUUUUCAACCAAUAUUUGGAAGUUUGAUUUAAAGACACCGUCUGGCUGGCAAAAGAUGCACAUUCGUGGAGGGAAACCUUCUUUAUACCGAUUUUAUGGUCAUUCGUCUGUUUAUUGCAAAGAGACGAAUUCUCUGCUUAUUUAUGGUGGGGAAGUUGCUUCUUCGAUUGGGCGAAAUUCAGUGAAGCAAAAUCGGAUAGUAUCGUUCAAUUUAGUGCAUCACUUGUGGACAGAUAUAGUUCCUGAUGAAAGAAGCUCCACUUCUCUUCCUACUGCAUUUCAUUCUGCAGUUGUGGCUGGAGAUUAUAUGGUAGUAUAUGGUGGAAUCGUGCAGACCAGAUCAAAGAUGUGCUUUUCAAACGAUAUUCAGUUCUAUAACAUUAAAUGUAAUCGAUGGGUACCUGCGUCAACAUUGGGAGCCAGUUCAAAGACGGGAAGCACUCAAAUCGGCCGAAUAUCCCACACCGCUGUACUACGUAACGACCAAACAAUGGUGGUCGUCGGUGGGUUCAAUGGUGUGAUGUUUGGAGAUGUACAUGCUUAUCGUUUGCCAAAAGCAGUUAUUUUCAAAAAUUCUUCUGGAUUUAUAGUUAACGGCAAGCAAUGCCAGAGUCAUACAGAGAAGGCUUCUUGUUACACAGACCCUGCCUGCGGAUGGUGUUUUGAACCUCUUACCUGCUUGUCUCUUCAAGACUCAAGCAAGUGUAGUGGGCGUUUUGAUAAGAGUUCUUGCACAAGCCACUGCGCAGCAUACACAUCGUGUGUUUCAUGCUUAAUCUUUGGAAACACAUCUGUUGAAGGCUGCACAUGGUGUGUUCAGAGUAGAAAAUGUUAUUCUGCAUCGACCAAGGACAGUUGCUCUUUAUCUGGAUGGUGGGGAUCCGAUGGUCAAGUUAUUACGGAUCUGGAGCAGUGUUUCAUCGAUAACCAGCCUCCUGGUAUAACUUACACUCGCUACAGUGAUCCAUUCAAUUCUGAAAUGCCAGACAGUGUUACUAUAUUAGAUAAUACAAAGAUUAAUGAGCCUUCUCAACUGAAAUAUAACGAGAAGAGUUUCAUAACUGGCUUUGUUUAUCCUUACUUAUUUGAAGCUGAUCCAUCUGCAAGUAAACCAAGGAAAGUUAUAGUAUCCGGUAUAUACCUAUCAGCAAGACUUUUUGUAUCAAAAGAUCAGUCUCCAUUGCACAAGGAAGAGGUUGCUUUCUUUUCGAUUCGUACGUCACAGACCAUCGUCACUGCAAAGUCUAAAACUUUAACUAGACUUUUCCCAUCGCCUGCUCUUUCUGCGUAUUACUACUUACAAUGUGGAAUGAAUUCUACAAAAUUAUCUUUCAAUCGAAAAAUGGAAUUGUUCUGGAAUGUGACAAGUAUAGACGUGCAUAUACCUUCAAAAUACUUGCGCCCGUUUUUUUCUGAAAACUGUGUUGGCUACACCACGUGCAUGGCAUGCAUUACUGAUGCCUCAUGUGGUUGGUGCACGGUACAAUCUUCUUGCAUUCGAAAAUCCAGUUGGUCCACGUGCAAAGACAGCUAUUCGAACCUAACACACCUUGUUACCAACCAGGCGUUGUGUCCUGUUUGCUCUGAUCUUUAUGAUUGCAUUGACUGCUUGGAGAAUCGGCACUGUUCAUGGUCUGGUACGGAUAAAAGCUGUUUAAGAAAAGGUCUUGGAUCUCGUGAAAUAACAACACCAUCAGAUUGUCCAAGCCCGUGCCACAGUCGGUCGUCCUGUUCCAGCUGUUUGGUGGAUGAUACCUGUAGAUGGUGUCAUCAAAAGCAGGAGUGCUUUCCACCUUCUUAUCACAUGCCAAGAUAUCCGCUAGGACAGUGCCAUGUAUAUAGCAUAAAUCUGGGGAGCAACCAGUGUUACAACUGCUCAACCUUUACAAAUUGUGCCUCAUGCUUGGCUCAUCAUCGUUGUGGAUGGUGCUCAACCACGAACAACCCAUUAACUGGAAGCUGUCAUGAAGGUGACUUCUCUGGUCCAGUGGACAACGGGAAUUGCUCUGUAUUGUUGCCAGUAAACGAGACAGUUAGCUGGGCGUACGAUCGUUGUCCUGAUGCCGAUGAAUGUCGACUGAAACUCGAUGACUGCCAUGUAAAUGCUACUUGUUUUAACACCGAUGGUAGUUAUAACUGCCAAUGCAAUCGUGGCUAUACGGGAAAUGGGAAAACUACCUGCAAUAAGACUUGCUACCAUAAGUGCCAACAUGGCUAUUGUGGAUCAGAUUAUGAAUGUAAAUGUGAUCUUGGUUGGAAAGGUGUCAACUGCUCCACCGAUUGCUUAUGUAAUGGACACAGUACCUGCAAAACUGGUAUUGGAAUUUGUGACAAGUGCUACAAUUAUACAACUGGAAGCCAUUGUGAUGAAUGCGUUAACGGUUCCUAUGGAUUUCCGAAAAAUACUUCUGGCUGUCUGCGUUGUACUUGUAAUGAUCAUGGUGACUUGGACAAAGGCACAUGCGAUAAAGGAACUGGAAAAUGCUUUUGCCGUGAUCACACUACUGGGGACAUGUGCGAAAAAUGUAGACCUGGUCUUUCAGGUGAUUCAAGAAAUGGAGGAAUUUGUUACCACGGUUGCUCGUCGCUAACAUUCAUCAAGAACGAAUCAUUUGGGACUUUGGCUUCUGGAGAGUCAGGGUCAAAUUGCCUUUGGAUGAUUUCGGCUACGAACGCCUCUAAGCGUGAUGUCAUCUUUUCAAACUUGCCUUCACGAAUGGAUUCCACCAUCACUCUUAAGAUGAAGCAUAUGGAUAUGUCCUGCAUUGAUGCUCAUUUAUACGUGUAUGAUGGCAUACCAGGGAAACCCAAUGCAUCAUUAAUCGCAGUUUUUUGUGGUUAUGACGUUCAAAUUGCAAAGCCCGUUGUGGCACGGUCUGGUGUUAUGACAAUUAAGUAUGAAGGGGUGCCUGCUGCUUCGGCAAAGGUCAAGUUCUACGCUUCGUUCAAUGUCCAUACUUGUGAAAGCAGUUGCACUGGAAAUCGUGAGUGCAUCCGAUCUCACCAUAGUAACCUCAGAUGCCUUUGCAAAUCAGGAUGGACUGGUGCCGACUGCCAGAUUCAAGUCUGCCCUGAAAAUUGUAACAACGCAACAAGUCAGGGAUAUUGCGAUUAUGCGACUGGACAAUGUGUUUGCAUUCCCGGCUUCGCAGGUACCAGUUGCAGUCAGCUCCGCAAUGACACUUCCUUCCUCUUAGAAGACAUGACAUGUCAAAACAAUGCUCUUCCAUCACGCUUUGGCCAUACAAUGUUGGUAGACCAAGAGUACCAAAGUAGAGUGCUCAUAUACGGUGGUCGUAGCCUUGAUUUCGAUUUCGACCCCAGCAUUUGGACAUUUGAUCUUGUUAAAAAGUCAUGCGCCAAACUCCAAUCAACAAAUCAGCCUGUCGGGAGGUAUUAUCAUUGCGGAGUGAUUUACAAGGGCAAAAUGAUAAUUUAUGGCGGGAAAACCACGUACAAUGUGUCAAAUGAGAUGCUGACAUACGACAUCAAAGGAGGAGUAUGGAAAUCCGAAAUGAAAACUGCAGCUCUUCCUGAUGUUUAUGGUCACACCUGUACGUUGGUUAGAGAUGUAUUGUAUAUCAUAGGUGGCUACCUGGGGAGCCCAUUGGGGAUACAUGAAUCAGUUCUUGCAGUUCACCUCACAACCUGGACAUGGGAAGAGGUGAAAAUCAAGAAAUUUCCGAUGAAAGGCAUCUUUGCGCACAGUGCAGUUUACGAUGCGACUACAAACCACAUAUUGGUCUUUGGUGGCGUUGCAUUCUCUUUGACUGGUUCACGUGAAUCAAACCGGCUUUGGGCACUUGACCUAAUGAGAAAUUCGUGGAAUGAAAUCCAGCCAACAAGAAAUACGAAGCCUGUCAGUUUGUAUGGCCAUUCUGCUUCUAUCAUCAACGAUACGAUGUACAUACUUGGAGGCUACUCCGACGUUAAUAAUAAAGGCUUUAAUGACGAUUUACUUUUGUGGAAUAUUCGAUGCAACCAGUGGCUUAUGCUGUCUUUAAAUGAUUCUUUAGGUCUGCCAGCAUCCCAGUCUGUAUAUUUCCCAUCAAUAGCACAGUCACUGACAGCCAUCAACGAAACUCUCUACUAUUUUGGAGGCUUCAACGUUAAAUCGCUGAACAAAAUGGUUAAGAUCACACUACCAAGUGAUACUUGCAAAGUGUUCAAAAUUGAAAGCGAGUGUCUUGGUUUUCUUGGAUGCAGCUGGUGUGAAUCGUCUGGCAUUGGAGUCUGUUUUAAAACCGACACAACACCUCCAUUGUCCUGCAAUAAUACAAAUACUAAAAGUGGGGUUCCUUGCACAGAAGCAUCUUUGAAGAAUGUAAAUUGCGCAUCGUUCAAGACUUGUAGUGCAUGUGUUUCGAAAAUACCAGGGACAAGCGAGUCACACUGUACUUGGUGUGUUUUCCAUGGCUGCCGAAACUCUAACGAUAGUUGUACCAAUACGCAGCUGAAGCACGUUGUUGACUGUUUUGACAGCACAUGCGAAGCAGCAUCUUGUGAAACCUGCAAAACUGAAUCUCUAUGUAUGUGGACGCAAUACUUCGUCUAUGUAAGUGAGGUUCGUCGGAAUUACACAGCUGAUGCCCGCGCUUUAUCUCCUUGGAACUGCUUUCGCACUGCUUUGGAAAUAUACAAUGGCAAACUAACUUUUCCUGCUCAUGACAAAUCACCGCCAAGAUCAUGCCCUGCAAAGUGCUCGUCCUACAAAAAUUGUGGUGCUUGUUUAUCUUCAAAAGGUGAAGAAGGAGGGUCCAAGUCCUGCUUUUGGAGUCAAAAGCUCAACCUCUGUUUCCCGCCAAGCAUGAGGUACAUUGCCUGUAUGUCUGGAGACUGUGGUCUAAUUUACAAUGACACACGCAGUUGCCCGACUCCUUGUACUCUCGUUGAUUCCUGUGACGCUUGCCUCAAAAAGCCCACUUGUGGCUGGUGUGCAAAUCCUGGAAUAUUAGGGCAAGGUGUCUGCAAUGAAGGUGGUCUCAAAGGUUCUCGAACCGGAGUCUGCAGUUAUGGUAACAUCAAUGCAACAAGUAUUUGGGCACCAGUAUUGUGUCCGCUUGAAAAUGAGUGUAUGAAUAGGAGGCACAACUGUACCAUGAACGAAGUCUGUGUCGAUUUGGAAUAUGGCUUUCAUUGCAAGUGCAAACCUGGUUAUAAGAGAGACAAUAGAUCACAGCAUUGUCUACCUGUUUGCCUACAAGGAUGCGAUAAAGGGUCUUGUGUGCGCCCUGGUGUUUGCGAGUGCCAUUUCGGUUGGACCUCAAAUAACUGCACAGUAGCAUGCCAGUGUAACGGACACAGCAACUGCCCAAAUGAGACUCAUAAUGAUAUUUGCAUAAAAUGCCAUAAUAAUACUCAGGGGCCCCAUUGCAGCGAAUGCAAAGCGGAGUACGUUGGCGACCCGACGAAAAAUGUUCCAUGCACGGCUUGUCUGACGCUCUGCAAUGGUCGAACGUCGAUUUGUGUUUCAUCAUCAAGGAAAGCCUCCUUUCCACCAUCUGUUUUAGCGAAUUCUACUCUGCUGCGUUCUAUGAUCAAGAAAGGGCCCACUGACCCUAAUGAUAUCGUUUGUCUGGGCUGUGGGGGUCGCAGUGAAGGAAACCUUUGUGAAACAUGCAUUCAAGGUUUUUUCAAAAAUGACAAAACAUGCACAAAAUGCCAAUGCAAUGGACAUGGCAGUACUUGUGACAAAAAAACUGGAUAUGGUUGUACUUGUCAACAAAACACAAAGUCUGAAGAGAAAAGCUGGUCAAAACAGUGUAAUCAAUGCAAGUCAUUGGAUUUCUAUGGCAAUCCAGUUGGUGGCCGCCAGUGCUUUCAGAUAAUGAAAAACGAGCAGUCACUGACAAUUGGAGAUGAAAGGCUACGAGUUGGCAGUGAUUCGGUUAUUGAAGGUAUUCUGCCGAACAGGACCAUGUUCUUCGCUGUUCCUCCAAGAUUUACGAAUGUUGACAUACGCUUAACCGUUGACGUCCUUGAAGGUGCGCUAGAUUUGUACAUAGCAACUGUCGAUAGUGUGUUUGUUGUAGAUGUGAACCACACGUCAGGGGAGCACACUUUGCUGUCCCCAACAUUACACUCUCGCGCAAGAAGGAACGUUGUAACUGAAACUGUGAUUGAAAAUGGUUUUCCCGAAAUGGUGGUGGAAGAAGAUGGAAGUUCGGCGAGAUUCCGUCGUGAAUCACCCCUUGUUUCAAAUACAACACGCUCUACAGUGCACCCAUAUGUCCCCAAAGCUAACCAAGUAUACGCUUCAGCAGAUACGCCAAGUAUGUACACUGAAUACAAAGGGGGGAUCUUUUUGGUUAAAGGAAUCCAGCGCAGAGUGAUUAUUGGCAUUCGAUACAAGUACCUUGAUUUUAGUUCCGAUCGCUUUUAUGUCGGGAUUGUUACGCGCGGAAACAGAGACAAUGUCAAAACUGCCGGCCUGAUCUACUUCAGACAAGAGCUUUCCCAGAUCGAUUUAUUCGUCUUUUUCACAGUGUUCUUUUCAGUCUUCUUUCUAAUUCUGUCAUUAUUUUUCUUGCUGUGGAAAAUCAAGCAGCUGCAUCAUGGGCGGCAAGUUGUUAUGCAGCAGCAAAUGGCUUUGGAAACAAUGGCCAGCCGACCUUUUUCUCUGUACACAGUGCAAUGCGAGCGCAAUGAACCUAUCUCUACAUAUACAAAAAUCCACUCUGAACUCAUGGAAGUCCCUGCUUCUUUAAAGAAUCGCAAGGGUAAGCGCGAUCGGUUGCCUACCAUGUACCCAAUGGCCAUUGAAUUCACAGAAGACGAACUUGCCGCCGUUGGCACUGUUUUCGUACAGUUUCCUGAGAAUGAGGAAUCGUUGUGGAACAUAUCCUUAGGUUCAGCGAUUUUGCAAGCCACUCCUCAGCAUCUGGUUGCUAGCACAAACAAUGAAAUGCAGAAAACGACUAGGUUUAUGUGCACUAUUACCAGCUAAACUUUCAAUCGUGGGGGAAAUUGGCAUAAAUGAAAGACUUUGGAAAAUCAUUGUAAGGUCUCACAGCUCUGCAAGUGAAUUGAUCAAAAUUAAAGUGAUGUUUAACACUUUUGAGUGGCGAAUGUCUAAUACUGUUGUAUUUUUUUAAUGUAUAGCUUUGUAUGGCUUUUGUUACUGAUGCGCAUUACCGUAGUCCAGCUUUCAUAAAAGUUUAUGAUAGUUAUUAGAAAUAGGCUAUUUUCGCACAGGAUGAGUUGAAAACAGCCUUGUUGAUUCAGUGGCUCCUGAAUGCUAGUCAUUCAACUAAGCUACUUCAUUUGUCAAGCCCUGAAAUUUGCCAAGCCCUGAAAUGUCUCGUCAUUAAUCAUGUUUAGCACGAGUUUCAUCAAUCCAUACUUAUCCGUGGAAUAACUCUGACCAACGUCAGUUCUAACAAACGUAAUUCAUAGAAAAACUUUCAAGGUUUGCACCCUCCCUGAGUAGAUUUGCUUGUUAGAAAUUCCCUCCUAAUUCCCUGAUCUUCUUUAAUUGGACAAUGUUCUUCUGAUAGAAAGAACUGAUUUUUAUUCACUUUUAUGCAAUAGAUCUUGCUAUUUUAAAAUUAGUAGAGACAUUUUAAAAGCAAUUAUUUUGAAGUGGCAUUCUUGUUAUAAGGGUCGUAGCGUUUUGAUAAUCACUGUUGUUGAUAAAAAAUGCAGACGCAAAAUUGGCUUUUCCAUCUGGGAUAUUGUAAAUUUCUAAUAGACAUUGUAAUAUAGUAAAGGUGAUUGCUAAAUUAAAGAGAGUGAGUUUAUUUGAUACA